AUGUCCCAAACGAGGGACUUCGAUACCAUGGGAGAUGCGCUGCUCGCAUUGAGUGCCAUGCGGGGUCUGGGAAGUGUCACCCGACGAGAUAGAUACCUUGACGCCAUCAUCUUCGCAAUGGAAGCAGAUAAACCAUCCCGGCUUCGUCACGCAGCCCUUCGAGCUGUAUUCGAUGCUCGUUUGAAACUAGAACUCGCGCCAACUCUGUUCGCUGCAGCCAAACCUAUCGCACCACAGCAUCUUGAUGAUGAAUUGGACGUCCUCUUUGAUCCCAGACGUGACGACUACUAUCUACGACUCAUUUUCACUCUGGCAAAGCAAAGUGAUUGGUGUGCUCAUUUAGAGAGAGCUGGUCACAUAGAGCGAUGCACAUCUCUGCUGGACCACGUCAUCAAGAACAAUCCAUCAAUAUUAUCUGUCCCAUCUCACCCUUACUAUCUUGCAGCCAUAUUGAUACGGAUGAACCUCUCGGGGGGUUAUCGAAGCUCGUUGAGGGGGGCUACCCUGGCCUCUGCUCUGGACUCGGAACCUACGAACGAGGAAGAAUGUCGUCCCACUACAGACCUUGCAGCCACACUGCACGCAGCCCCAGAGGCUCCUACUUCACCGGGCUUUCCGGACAAUAUAUUCGAGCAGGAGUGGUGGAAGCUGCUCAACAGAGCAUGGUGGGCGAUGCGUUGGAAUGACCUCCACCUUGAGGCAGAAGCAUUGAGGCACUGCCCAGCAUUGUCACGUACACUCUCGAUCUUCUGGAAACACCGAAUGCUCGAUGAUGAGGGGAGUUUUGUUUGA